AUCAGUCUACAUCCGCGCUCAUAAAAUCUAUACACACAGCUAAUCCCCGCCGCACUACUUUCAACCAGUCUACAUCCGCGCUCAUAACAUCAACACAUACAGCUAGCUAUCUUAGCUAGUAACUUAAAUAACUUUAUAUAUAAUCAGAGAACACUCGAACACAGUCAGGUGAGCUGAACAGUUAUAAUGUGUGGAAGAACUGCGUGCACUCUGGCUCCGGACGAGGUGAGCCGAGCCUGCAGCUACAGAGACCGGGGAGGACAGCGGAGGAAGCCUCGCUGGAGGGAUGGAGACGAGGACAAAUACAGACCCUCCUACAACAAGAGUCCUCAGACUACCAGCCCAGUGCUGCUGUCACACAGGCACUUUAACAAGGAUGCUCCUGUCGAUGAGUGUGUGUUGGCCUCUAUGCGUUGGGGUCUGGUACCCUGGUGGUUCAAGGAGAAGGACCCGAGCAAGAUGCAAUACAGCACCAACAACUGCCGCAGCGAGAAUAUACUGCAGAAGAAAACGUACAAGGACCCCAUGAUAAAAGGGCAGCGCUGCGUCAUCCUGGCUGAUGGCUUCUAUGAGUGGAGGAGGCAGGAAAAGGACAAGCAGCCUUUCUUUAUCUACUUCCCUCAGACUCAGGAGAAAACAAAGGAUGAGGAUGACCCCACGACCUCAUCUCGCAAUAAGGAGAAUUCAGAGACGGCGUGCCCUCCAGAGGAGGAGGCCUCCCCUGACCUGACAGAGGGAGGAGAAGCAGCAGGUGAGUGGACUGGAUGGAAGUUGCUGACUAUGGCCGGACUGUUUGACUGCUGGACACCUCCAGAUGGUGGAGAACCCCUUUACACAUACAGUGUAAUCACUGUGAACGCUUCCCCAAGCCUGGAUAGCAUCCAUGAUAGGAUGCCAGCAGUCCUGGACGGGGAGGAAGAAGUGAGGAGUUGGCUGGAUUUUGGAGAAGUGAAGUCUCUAGAUGCCUUAAAACUGCUCCAGUCUAAAAACAUUUUGACUUUUCAUCCCGUCUCUUCACUGGUAAACAACUCUCGCAACAACUCUCCAGAGUGCCUUCAGCCGGUGGAUCUCAACAGUAAAAAGGAGCCCAAACCCACAGCCAGCAGUAAGAUGAUGAUGAGCUGGCUGAAGAGCAGCACACCUUCAAAGAGGAAGGAGCCCGACACAUGUGAGAGUAAAGAAGAGAAAGAAAGCAAAGCAGAGGGUCAGUCCAAGUCUACAGGACUUCAGCAGUGGCUUCAGGGAGCCAAUAAGAAACCAAGAACCAAGUGAAGAUACGACCUGGGACUGAAACUCUGUAGUAGAGCCGCAACGAUUAAUCGAUUAGUUGUCAAAUAUUAAAUGAAUCGUCAACUA